AUGGCCGCGUCUGACACGGUGGAGAUCGACGAACGCGCAGCGAAACGCGUAAAGCGUUCAGAAGCGCCGCCCCGGUUAACAGAAAGCGAGGCAGGUCUCCUGGAGUAUGUGCAUGCGGGAUGGCGACCUGUGCAUGCCAUUAUCAAGGAACGAUACGCCGAUUUCCUAGUGCAUGAGAUCGACACAGACGGCCACGUUGUGCACAUUACCUCGCUGGACCCCCCACCCAAGCCUAGCGUGGUGGAGAGUGUCCCUGAACAGCCGGCUACAUGGGAUGACUUGGUGCCCUACUUUGGUGAGCGUGUCGCCCAACUGCAAGCCAUGGCACAGGGCGCAUCCGAGGAAACGGCGACCUUUAUCGUGUCUUGUGCCUUGCCCGACAAGGCCGACCGAACCCGCGUCCACCAGCUUAUUCGCACCCUUGCAUCGUCACUUCUAUCGGAAGCAACUACAUUGGAGGAUGGCACGGCGGCGAUUCGUGUCGAGCGAGCAGCGGCCGUCGCCGGCGCUGCGGCCAGCAGAGGUGGGCGCGGCGGUGCCCAUGGCGGCGGUCGUGGCGGCCGUGAUCGACGUCGUGAUGACCCCACGUCAGAAGCAGUGAGUGCCCCGCCCUACAUUCACUUUGUUUUGCAAAAAACCAACCGCGACAGCCAAGAAGCGAUGCAUUGGCUCGCUCGCUUCCUGAAACUCGAUAGUCGGGGACGCGCGUCCUCGACACACAUGCUCAGUGUCGCAGGUACUAAGGACAAACGGGCUGUCACAGUACAGCGUGUCGCAUUGCAGCGUGGCCGUCGGACUCUGUACGAUGUAUGGUCGAUGGUGAAUCAUAUUGGCCAUCCUAUUUCGUCCUCAAGCGCGCAACGCCGCACCUUGGAUCAUGCGCUCACCACGCGUGCAGAGCGUGGAUUGCGCAUUGCGCAUUUGCAGUAUGCCUCGCAGCCACUGCAGCUGGGCGAUCUACAAGGCAAUCAGUUUACGAUUGUCCUUCGCAAUGUGCAUUGGGCCGACCAGGAAGCGCUGGGCACCGAGGCUGCGUCGUUGCGCACGACUCUCGCAGAGCAUGUGGCUGAGAUUGAGCGCGAUGGCUUCCUUAACUACUUUGGCAUGCAGCGGUUUGGGACAGGCACAAUUGCGACGCACCAGAUCGGCAUUGCAGUCCUGCGUGGUGACUUCCCCCAGGCCCUCCACUUGAUUCUCGCGUCGGGACAAACAGAGGCAGCGUCGUCCGCCGAGACAGAGUCGCAGGAGGCGGAGGCGGAGGCGGAAGCUCCACCAUCUGUACGAGCGACACGUGCAGCGCUCGCUGCGGUGGAAGCGCAGCAGUACGAGGAGGCGUACCGUCUAUUCCCCAAGACCUGCGUUGCCGAACGAGCCGUGUUGGAAAAAAUGAAGGCGCCCCAUUGGUCGCCGACAGAUCCCCUUGGCGCGUUCCAAAACAUCCCACGUACACUGCGUUUGAUGUACGUUCAUGCUUACCAAUCCUAUCUGUGGAACAGAAUGGUCUCGGAACGUGUACGCCGCUUUGGCGCUAUGCAACCUGUCGUCGGCGACUUGGUCGAUGUAGGCGGCGGUCAAGUGCGUAUGCUGACUGAUGACGAUGAUCUCCACACCUAUACGAUGACCGAUGUCAUGAUGCCGAUGCCUGGCAUGGAUGUAACGCUCCCAGAGAGCGGUUGGCUUACAGACCUGUACCAUGAACUACUUGAGCAAGAUGGGCUCACACCGCUCUCCCUUGUAUCGUCACGUCAGCCAGAGUACCGCUUGAAGGGGACGUACCGACGCAUGGUCCACAAGCCCAAGGAUCUACGUUGCGAAGUACUAUCGUACACGGAUGUCACAGCGCCGCUCUGUGCGACAGAUGAAGAGCGGCUCUUGCCAGGUUUUGAACCGAUACAUACAGAGGAGGACGAGGCGCCGUUCCUCGCGUUAAAACUUGUAUUUCAACUGCCGUCCUCAGCGUAUGCGACGAUGCUAUUGCGGGAAUUACUACGGACAGAUACCAGUGCGCAUGUACACAAGGCGCUUACGAAGCAAGCGUCGCAGUAG